AUGUCAACUCCAUCGCUCCGCCUGGCUCGGAAUAAGCUGUUCAAAAUACAGUCUAAUACCUUAACUGAAGAUGAAGCGAUACGUCUAGCAUAUGAGCGCGCUCGUGUCUCUGCGCGGGAAUAUGUAAUUCCGAGGGACAUGAAAGGAAUGACGGUUGAGGAUGUGAUACAACUCACACCCAAGUUCUGGGAAUAUCAUCUUGACCUGAUACACGGAAUCGCGUCCUCGACGUUUGUUCUCGUCACGAUUCAAUACAAUCUCGCCGCAGGGACAAUUGGAUCAUAUGCUGCCGACAGGCCGGAUCUGCAGGAGCUGAUGGAUCGCAUCAUGAAGUUUGAUGUUUCUGCUCAAUUCAUGCUCACCGAGCUCGGCCACGGUCUUGAUGCAAUGAAUCUGGAGACCACGGCUACUUUGCUUCCUAACGGAGAGUUUGAUCUUCAUUCACCGAGUCCACACUCAGCAAAAUUCAUGCCUCCCUCCACUCCAGUGAGUGGCUUUCCCCGUGUCGCCGUAGUUAUGGCACGAUUAAUUAUUGCCGGCGAAGAUCGCGGUGUGAGGCCGUUCAUAGUCUGGCUGAACGAUGGUCAAAAGAUGUGUGAUGGAAUUACAUCCAAAAAACUGCCCAACCGAGCUGGGUCAAAGCCUAUCGACCACUCGAUCACGUCCUUCAAUCAUGUCCGACUACCAGCCGCAGCAUUACUCGGCUCAACCGAAAGGCCCAUAAACAUGCGCUUCAAUUUCCUAUCUGUGAUCUCACGCGUGACUGUCGGUACCCUGGCUCUAUCAAUGAUUCUGAUUCCCGCAAUCAAGCGUGCAGUUUACGUGGCAGGAAAAUACAGCAUUCGACGACAAGUGCAAGGUUUCGAUGGCAAACCGACGCCUAUUAUCUCAUUUCGGACGCAGCAGCGGCCUAUCUUGCACGGUCUCGCUCAAAUCGCCGUGUUCGAAGCAUAUGCCCGGUGCAGCGUUCAAAGAUUCAUGCAUCCGGACCUGGAAACGCCGGUGCGCCAUGGCAUUGCCACUACGCUCAAGGCUGUCCUCAACUCUGCCACCCAAACCACACUCUUCAACCUUGCGGAACGGUGCGGAGCCCAAGGCUUGUUCAAGCACAAUCAUAUAAUUGAGAAUCAGCUCGAGGUCCGGGGUAUUUCUAUUGCCGAGGGAGAUGUCACGGCGCUAUGCAUAAGACUUGCCGCCGAGCUACUCCUAGGACGAUACAAACUGCCCGAAGCUCGUGAUCCAUCGAGUCUUUUGGCCCAGCAUGAACAAGGUCUAUUCGACGAAUGUCGUAUGGCGGCGGCUCAAACAAUGAGCACCAGUGGGGGCCACCGCAGUGUCGGAUUUAAUAACGCCAUCCUCCCCCGCUGCCAAUCACUCGUCGAAGCAAUCGGGCACCGCACGGCCUACGAGGCGGCUCUCGACGCGGGCAUAGACAGCGAUUUAUUGACGCUCUACGAAGCCGGUGUUAUCAUGCAAGACUCGGGCUGGUAUGUGCAGCACGUAGGGCUAACGCGCGAAAUGCAGUUUGAUCGUGAAUCGCGGGCGCUGAACGCGGUUUUGCCACGUUUGGAGGGGAUGCUGGAUGGUACAGGGGCAGGAGAAUAUGUGGAUGCGCCGAUUCUGUCGCAGGGAGCCUGGGAUGAAUUUGAGAGGUCGCUGGAAGUUUUUCAAGCGCCGUCGCUGAGUACAGAACAUGUGCAGAGCAAGUUGUAG